GCAGACCGCAGGACAGUAACAGAAGGCGUCUUCACCAGAGUCACUACAGAAGUUCUACACACAACUAUUUUGGACAGCUGUUGAACUACACGCGCGUACAAUCUAAACUCGAUGUGAACAUGCCGGGAAAGUUGUCUUACGAAGCCCAAAACUUUCUCUGAACUACAUUCAACUUUGAACGGUUUUUUUCCAAGACGUUUUGCAUCGGACCAUCCGCAGGUUUUCAACUCCAGGACCACAGGAUCCAUAGGACCGACAGUACAUCUGCGCUGAGGGAAUCCCAUUGCGAUUCGAGUGAUCAGUAGUGACACCAGUCAUGGGCAGCAAGACUCUUCCAGCCCCGGUUCCCCUCCACCCCUCUCUGCAGCUGGCCAACUACUCCAUCCUCCAGGCCUCCAAUGGCUUCCAGCUGCCCACGGACCAGGUCCCUGGCAUCUAUAGCUUCAGCGCCCUGCACGCCAUUCACCUCCACCAGUGGACCCUGGGCUACCCUCCCUUUGGGGUUCCCCGCUGCACUUUCUCCAAGCUCCCAGCCCUGAUGGACGGCCGCUUCCCCGGCUUGCCUUCCAUCCCUAUCUUCCCCCACCUGGUCCAGCACAAGGACCAGGCCACUGCGGCCGCCACAGCAGCUACCGCCAUGAAUCUCCUUCAGGGCUCCAAGAACAAGCCCCAGCCACGCUUCGACUUCGCCAACCUGGCCACCGCCGCCACCCAGGAGGACCCAUUGAAGGCAGAGGACCUGAGCAUAACAGGGGCAGCAGCCGCCACUUCUCCUCGCCAUGGCGGGCUAGGCUGUCUCAUAGAUGUAGCCAAGCUGUCGUCGCCCGAGCGCAAGCCUAGCCGUGGUCGCCUUCCCUCCAAGACCAAGAAGGAGUUUGUGUGCAAGUUCUGCGGCCGCCACUUCACCAAGUCGUACAACCUGCUUAUCCACGAGCGGACGCACACGGACGAGAGGCCGUACACCUGUGACAUCUGCCACAAGGCUUUCCGGAGGCAGGACCACCUCCGAGACCACAGGUACAUCCAUUCCAAAGAGAAGCCCUUCAAGUGCCAGGAGUGUGGAAAGGGAUUUUGUCAGUCCAGAACUCUAGCUGUCCACAAAACGCUGCACAUGCAGGUGAAGGAACUAAAGCCAUCCAAGAUUAAGUGAUGUCAAUACAUAAAAAAGAGACUAGGGGACACUAGAAACAAUAACGGUGAAGACUAUAAAGGAGAACAAGACAAAAUGACCAAAGACGGGGGGACAUUGUAGAGCUGACCAAAGACAGGGGAGUUUGUGGAGCUGACCAAAGACGGGGGAGUUUGUGAAGCUGACCAAAGACAGGGGGACAUUGUGGAGCUGAUCAAAGACAGGGGAGUUUGUGGAGCUGACCAAAGACAGGGGGACAUUGUGGAGCUGAUCAAAGACAGUGGAGUUUGUGGAACUGACCAAAGACAGGGGGACAUUGUGGAGCUGACCAAAGAGAGGGGACAUUGUGGAGCUGACCAAAGACGGGGGAGUUUGUGGAGCUGACCAAAGACAGGGGAGUUUGUGGAGCUGACCAAAGACAGGGGGACAUUGUGGAGCUGAUCAAAGACCGGGGGACAUUGUGGAGCUGACCAAAGACAGGGGGACAUUGUGGAACUGACCAAAGACAGGGGAGUUUGUGGAGCUGACCAAAGACAGGGGAGUUUGUGGAGCUGACCAAAGACAGGGGAGUUUGUGUAGCUGACCAAAGACAGGGGGACAUUGUGGAGCUGAUCAAAGACGGGGGGACAUUGUGGAGCUGAUCAAAGACAGGGGGACAUUGUGGAACUGACCAAAGACGGGGGGACAUUGUGGGACUGACCAAAGAUGGGGGGACAUUGUGGGGCUGACCAAAGACGGGGGGACAUUGUGGAGCUGAUCAAAGACAGGGGGACAUUGUGGAGCUGACCAAAGACAGGGGACAUUGUGGAACUGACCAAAGACAGGGGACAUUGUGGAGCUGACCAAAGACAGGGGAGUUUGUGGAACUGACCAAAGACAGGGGGACAUUGUGGAGCUGACCAAAGAGAGGGGACAUUGUGGAGCUGACCAAAGACAGGGGACAUUGUGGAGCUGACCAAAGACAGGGGACAUUGUGGAGCUCAAGUGCCUGGAACAUAGAAUGAGUAGAACAUCUCUGAACUUGAACCAAACUGAAGUUCUCUGAACAGAAGAAAAGUGAUAGAAAAGGUUCAAUGUUCACCAACAAUUCACCAGCCAAGGAAGGAAGCCGUUGUGCUCAUCGUGGGGAAUGAUUCUUCAGAGAGAUUUGAAAAUCCUGGAUCUCUAUGAUGUAUCCAGACAAUAUCCAGGAGCACCUCGUACCAGAUCUAAGUUGUUUUUCCACAUUUAGUUAAGAGAUAAUUAUGCUUAAUGACUUUGAGGCAGUGUAUUGGUUGUCCAUGAUGAAGCCCAAUGGGGCGAAUGGACCAUACAUCAUAGAUGUAUGGAAUGUGAUCUUGACCUCUCUGACAAAGUUGACCUCUCAGACAUUCCGAAAGACUCUUGCUUUUGAUCAAAAUGACAUUUUUUUUAAAGGGACAUUUACGAGUCUAAAGCAGUCUUUGUUAAAAAACAAAACAAACAAAAAAACAACUAAAUUGGUUAAAGUCAUGUCAGCGUAAUGUUAUUCCACUUCCAAAGCUUACAUUCCAAUGUUAUUUUUUUGUAUAAUUGUAUUUUUUGCACUUUAACCUGAUUAUUGAUUAUUUACAUAUAUCACUGGAUUCCUAAAACUUAUUUUGAGAAAAUAAAUAGUAAUUUUCUAAACAAAAUCUA